AGAACUGGGUUGUCAAGCUGUCUGGGUGUGAGUAAACACCCUCUAGUGGAGCUGUCGAUAAGCUGCAGUCAUUCAGUCUGUUGUGAACUAUCAGCAUUUCAAGAAGUCUAUGGUCCAGUGCUAAGCCAAGACAAUGUGGUGUUUGGAGCUGCUCAUACCUCUGCUGUUAAUUAUCAGUGAUGCCAACUGUCAGUGGAAUAUUUGGUUACCUCGGGACAUCUCAGCCAUGACAAACUCCUGUGUGGUCAUCCCAUGCAGUUUCAUGUACCCAUCUGGAAUCAGGCCCGCCCGGGGUGUUCAUGGUAUUUGGUAUUUUGGCCAGCCCUAUCCGCAACUGUUCCCUCCUGUAGUCUUUAAAUCGCUCACAGACGUUGUGCACGAGAGCUACAAGGGCCGCACCAAGCUUUUGGGUGACCUCAACCAGAGAAACUGCACAUUGCUUAUUGGCAAUGUUGGCACAGAGCACUCAGGUAGAUACUACUUCCGUGCGGACGUUGGUGGAGCCAACAAAUAUUCCUACCCAGACUAUGCUGAGCUCAAAGUUUUAGAUCAGCCCAACAUUGACGUACCAGAGGACAUUGUUAGUGAUGAGAGCCUGGAGCUGACGUGCUACGCUCCUGAUAACUGCCCAGACAUGACUCCAGAGAUCCAGUGGAUGUACACCGACUACCUGCCUGAUCCGGUGUUUAGCGCUGAAUACACGGAGGAGAGCAAUACAGCAGUAAUCUCUAACACCCUCACCUUCACACCCAGACCUAUGCACAAUGGCCAGCUGCUGGGAUGCAGGGUCUACUUCCCCAACACCACACUGGUCUAUGAGAGGCUCAUCUCAUUAGAUGUCAAGUAUUCUCCACGAUCAGUGUGGGUGAAUGUAUCCUCUGAAGUGAUGGAGGGCAGCUCUGUGACACUGCACUGUGAAGUGGACAGCAACCCUUCUCCCCGUGUCGCCUGGCUGUUCGAAGGCCAGGAGGUGCUAUGGGACACAGCAUCCAACAUCUCUAUCUCCCUUGAUGAUGUGACGCCUGAAAAUGAGGGGAUUUACACCUGCGUUGGAGACAAUGGCUAUGGCAUUAUGAACACAUCACUGUACCUCGCUGUGAAAUACCCUCCUCGUGAACCUGUUGUGAAUGACUCCAUGACAGUAGUUCAGGGCUCCUCGCUGGCCCUGCACUGUAACACCAUGGGGAGCCCGGCUCCAACCCUGACCUGGCUGAAGGAUGGGGAGCUGGCAGGCUCCAUAACUGCUGGCGAGCUCUCUGUGCUGGAGAUCAUGGAUAUCACGCCUCAGCAAACAGGACAGUAUCGCUGCUUGGCAGAGAAUGAGCAUGGACGAACCAGCGCUUCCCUCAAUAUCACUGUGGAAUAUGCCCCUGUGUUUCUGGAGGAGUCAAAGUGCACAGUAGUGAGGGAGGGCGUCCAGUGUGUUUGUGUGGCUGUGGGAAACCCUGAACCCACGAUUGAGUUUUACCUCCCUGAUCUCAACAUCACCAUCAACGAAACCGACGGUCGGUUCAACUUCUAUACUCACACGGACGGUCACACAUCCACUGCGAUGAUCAAACUACGGGAGAAAGGUGAGCGGGCCGACAACAAUGGGCCGGCCGUGAACGUCCACUGCAGCAUGUACAACAUCUAUGGGAGGGAGAGCGUCCUUUUGGAGCUCCAACAAGAAAAAAAGUACAUGAUGGCAGUUAUAGUUGGCACCAUUGGAGGAGUUGCAGUCAUUGCCUUCAUUAUUGCAGCAGUGAGAUAUGUGGGCCAGAAUAACAAGAAAGAGAAUGGCAACCCUAGGCAGGACGUGGUCCUGGAGAACCCAGCUUUGUACUACAGCGCAGUCAAGAAGGACAAACAAAAUCUGAGGAAGAAAGUGCUUAAGACAGAGCUGUUGGGCUCAAAGUUUAACUCCAUUCUAGAGGAGACUACGGGAGAAGACGGGGAUUACCAACCUGUGGGCUCUGUGGCAGGACUGGAGAGGCAAGAGCUGAAUUACGCUUCUCUGGAGUUUAUUGGCGCCAGGCCCAGGGAGGGGGCAUCCGGGAGGGGAGAUGACGGCAGCAACUACACAGAAAUCAAAGCCAAAUGAAUCGCGAUCCUUCCCUGAUCCCUCGGCUAUGCGAGACGCAGUGGCAGCCACGAGUUACAUACAUCUUCAACAAAAACUUUUAUUAACUCCUUCACUGGAUUUCUCCCUGUUUAUGGUGACUCACUGUUUCAUUUUUUAUCCUUAUGUAUAAUUUAUAAUGUACAACUCCCUGACAGUGGCCUCUCGCUUUGAGGUGCCCCUUUCUUUAUGCAAUAUCCUUUUUAUACGCCACUCAAAACUGCCAGUUUUCCAGGAUGGAGCCGGACUCACAGGACAAAAUCAUACAUUAUUUUAAUUACAAGAUUCAACUGUUGUACAUUGUUUCUACAUCAUUUCAUAUUUUUUUAUUCUUGUAGUUAUCCGUGUCUCAUCAGCCUCAUUAUUUGAUCUGUCUGACUAUUGUCACUGCGUCUGCUGCCGGUCGAAGCAUCAGGGCAAGGAGUUACUGUGUUUUUCUUCAGUUUUCUGAACAGGGAUUAAAUUCUCUCUUUUCUGGUUCUGGUUCAUUACAUCUUAAGCACAUAAAUGUAUCGAGGCACAACAGAGUUAUAUAGCUUGGUAUCUUGCCUCAUCAUUACUGUAUUUGAUAUGUUGUGGAACUCAGUAGACACAGGAAACAGAAAGGUGUCACUUACGUUUGACAGCAAUUUGAAAGAUUAAGUGACAUGCCACCCACUUACAAAAACUGCCACAAUUCAUUUCAAGCAUUUUCCCUUAAUUUAUAUCAAUUUUCGCUUAUUGUGGCAAGUGCAAAAUGUCUAUUUUCUUCUCCAAACAAUGUUUUCUCACACAUUCUAGAAAAUACAAACCUAAAGCACAACAUAUAAAUGUGUGUGGGGCCAAAGUGUUAUCUCUUCUAGACAAUGUGUGUGUUUGUAUGCGUGUGUGUUGAAAUUGUGCCGAAAGAUCAGAUGUCUGUGAUCUGUGGGGUAUCUGUUAACUUCCCACAGGAUUGCAUCAAACUUAUGAAUGAAAAAAGUAAUGCCAACUCGUCAACUGGUUGUGCUGCUCAAAUACAUUUGAUGAACCUGUGGUGUAAUAUUAAAGCACACUAAUAGUCUAACUUGAUAAUGAUGUCUUAUAAUAAAUAAAAUUGAUGUAUAUUUAUGAAGAAGAUGAUGGCAGUGUGUUUACAACAUAUUUUGCAUGAGUGUUUCACCAGUUUGACACAUUUAAAAGCAGUCUCGCUACACAUUUCAAGAGCCAGUUUGGAUAAACACUGUCUUAAUAUAGGCUUCAAAUAUUAAAUAAUAUUGAACUUAACUAGUCAAAUCAGAAAAUUCAGAAGGAAACUGCCUGCUUAAUUUCACUGAUUUCAAAUUAAAAUCAACUAGCUUAAAAUAUUUAUUAAGACCUCAGUUUUAUUAAACUCCCUAAUGUACAAUAAAUUUAGGGUUGUGAUAUAUGCUGUGAUAUAUAGGCACUCUUCUCAUUGGAUAAAGACCAUACUGUGACUUUGAAAGUCAGCCAGAAUAAGUGCCAGGAUUGACUGCUGUGGACUUGCAUGAACCUUGAGAGUUCCUUGACUGAUUGGUGUAUGCACACAAAUUUGUCGUAGCAAUAUAUCAUAACCCAUCUUUGGGCACGAAGGAAUGGGGUGGCAUCCAUCCAGCUGGGUUGGUGUGUACCUGCAUGUCUUUGUUAUCUCAAGCGGUCUUGUCUUGUCAAGGAUAUUUCCUAACCACACUCAGGCAGGAUUUCUAUCAUAUUAUCGAAAUACUCUGUAAUGUCAGUUUUCUGCUUCAGGUUCCCCCACUGUUAAAACUAAAAGAAUCUUCCUGACCACCUAUAACAAAUAAUCCAGUUUUCCUCCUCCAUAAAUACCACUCCAGAAUAUAACCUACUAUACAUAGAAGCUGGCUCCCUAAAUGAUCGAUAAGGACACACCUCCAAAUUACACCUACAUCUGCCCAUGCUGCAUAGGUUUUGGAUUCUGUUGGCAUGAUUUUUUUUCUUUGCAAUAGUCAUGCAAAACAGACAGCAUUUAACAGCUGCUAAGUGAUUCCAAAUGAAGCCUUACUAGUUGUAAAUUUCCAAAGGAAGUCGACUCUUUACUUCCUCUGUAACACCUCAAAGUAAUGGAUGCACUUGUCAUAAUUAUUAAAUAAUACAAUGGUGGUUAUCCAAGGUAUCACAAAGGUACCACACAAAGAUAUAGUGUGAAAAAUCUAUAUGCAAGAUUCCAGCUUGAAAUAUGCUGUCCUAUUUGGAUGUUUGUCAAAGAAAUAAUGACAAAAAGAAGGUAAUUGCUAAUACAUGGUCUGACAUCAAGAGAGGGCAGAAUCUGUGUGGUAAGAAUGGCACAACUAUUAGAAAAAUGUUUUUAAAGUUGUGUUUAUUACAGAAUGCAAACAUUGUCAGCUUUGACCAAUUCAAAUUAAUUCAGCCUUUUAUUAAGACAGUGUUCUUGUUACUGUAAUGGAGGGUUCCAGAUAUGCUGGCUUGCAGUCUUACAAUGCCUCUUAUUUUAUUUUUUAUUUUUUUCAUACAAGUAUUAAAUACACCUAAUUCUUUGUCACAGUGUGUUGUACAGUUAAAUUGUCCAAUACUUUGUGAUCAUUAUUAUCAUUACGGUUUUUUUUCUACAAUUCUGAUAUUCUCACACAAUAAUUCAAAUCAAUAAUUGCAAUCUCUCUGCAAAUUAUCAGAGAGAUUGCAAAGGUAUGACAGUUUUGUUAUUAUAUGGUUUGCUCUGUUUUAUUUUAAGCAAUUCAAAAUUCAUCUGUCUUCUGUUCCAAAUAAAUACAAAUAAAAGACAAAAAAUAAAUAAAUAAACAAAAAAACAACAGUGGAUUAUUGGUAGAAAACAA